AUGGUGAAUCAUUUACCUGAACUUGUGCUGAAGAAGAAUAAUGGGAUGCAUAUGACAUAUGGUCUUGAUCUGGAACAUAGUCCAGAAACUCGGUAUCGUCAGAGAUAUCUUGAUCUAAUGGUAAACCAUGAAGUGAGGCAUAUCUUCAAGACACGAUCUAAAGUUGUCUCGUUUAUCCGGAAGUUUCUUGAUGACCGUGAAUUUUUGGAGGUGGAGACUCCGAUGAUGAACAUGAUUGCUGGUGGAGCAGCUGCAAGGCCUUUUAUUACACAUCACAAUGAAUUAAAUAUGAGGCUUUUUAUGCGCAUUGCUCCUGAAUUAUAUCUGAAGGAAUUGGUUGUUGGUGGAUUGGACCGUGUUUAUGAAAUUGGAAAACAAUUCAGGAAUGAAGGAAUUGAUUUAACACACAAUCCUGAAUUCACAACUUGUGAGUUUUAUAUGGCUUAUGCCGAUUAUAAUGAUUUGAUGGAGCUUACUGAAACCAUGUUGUCAGGGAUGGUUAAGGAGCUGACAGGUGGCUAUAAGAUAAAAUAUCAUGCAAAUGGAGUUACGAACUCACCAAUAGAAAUUGAUUUCACACCUCCCUUCAGAAGGAUCGAUAUGAUUAAAGAUUUGGAGGCUAUGGCCAAUCUCAAUAUACCAAAAGAUCUAGCAAGUGAUGAAGCGAAACGUUACUUGAUAGAAGCAUGUGCUAAGUAUGAUAUAGCUUCAGAGUACCGUGAUCUUGCUUCAUCAGCCUAG